UGUGCAAUUAAAUAGGGUUAUAUUGUAUUAAAUUUAUCUUUCACCCUCCGUAUAUAUGUGCCAGUAAAUUGCAUUCGAAAUUACUGAAUCGUCAAAAUAUUUUAAUAAUGGAUGCGGCUGGGUAUAUUUAUCAAACUAUACAUUUAUUUACGGUCCACAAGUUUGAAAUCAAAUCAAACAAAACGAAACCGUCUUAAUUGUUUUAUAUUAAAAUAAAAUUUUCGAUAUAUUUAGUUAUGUGCAAAACAUUCGACAAGAUUUUGUAGCAGGUGCAGGAUAAGUUCAUUCCACUGAUGUUCGAUAGGAUGUAAGUCCGGACAUAUCAAAUAUAUGUUUUGAUAAUGAUGAUAUCACUGUAUCUCGAGGUGCAUUCCUAAACGGUUUUUUAGAAAACCUAUUACACGAGAAAAAAUCUAGUAGCUAGUUAUUUAAUUUAGUAUUUGUCUAUUAGCUGUUUAAAUUUAUUCAUUUUCUUUAUAUUAAAAUGCUUUUUUAUAGUAUUUCUUUUAUUUAUAUUGAUUUUAAUUUUUUCACGAAACUUCCACGUGAUACAUUUUUUUCCGGAAGUAACCUAACAUAUUAUAUUAUUGGCAACAUUGUAAUUACGCAAGUAAGAAUCUAACCAGUCUAUCGUUGGUCACAUAAAUAGUAAUAAAAUGAUAGAUAAACAUACGAUGGCAAAAUUGAUUAAAACGUUCUAAUUAUUUCUAAAAUGAUUUUAAAAUCGGAGUUUUCAUUUGUUCUACUGUUUUUCACGUUUAUUUCUAAAUAUGUCAGUACUUAUCAAAUACAACAUAAAACCAAACCGUCACCAACCCCUUACCAUGAUUGGGAUUAUUUGAUGUUCUCUCAACGAUGGGCUAUAACAUCGUGUGCCGAAUGGCAAGCAGCCAAACCAGACAAUACUUGUACCAUGCCGUCAAAUAAAGACCAAUGGGAGGUCCACGGAAUAUGGCCUACGAAAAUAGGGACAGAAGGUCCUUUAUUUUGCCCUUCUGCUAUACACUUCGACCCCGAUCUACUAGAUCCUCUUUUAGAUGAUCUCAAGGAACAUUGGACUAAUAUAGAAGGGAAUACAAAACCUUAUUCGUUUUGGAAACACGAAUGGGACAAACACGGGACUUGUUCCGUGACAUUACCACUGCUGGAUAGUAUUCCGAAUUUUUUUAUGAAAGGUUUGGAAUGGAACAAAUUAUAUAAUCUUACCAAUAUGUUAGCACAAAGUAACAUCGUUCCAAGUAGUAACGGUUAUUCUGUAGAAGAAGUAGCCGGUGCAAUUAAAUCAAUUACAAAGUACGACCCGAUGAUCCAGUGUGUUGUAGAUCCGCAUACUAAGUUAUCCAUGAUAAGCGAAAUUAGGAUAUGUCUUAAUAAAUCAUUUGAACUAAUAGAUUGUGAUCCGACGAAUCCUGUUAAUAAUAAAUUGAAAUCGGUGAUAACGAAUUGUGGUGAAAAGAAACCCGUUAUGUAUUUAGCUGCGGUUCCUAAUAAAUUAGUAUCCUACCAGAUGGAUUAUAUUGAUGAAUAUACGGAGGAGGAGAUGAUUAGAACGUCAUUCUACAUGGAAUUUUAUGAAUUAUUGAAAUUUCUUAUUUGGAUUACUAUUUAAAUUAUUUUUUGUAUAGGGUGAGUAGUUAUAAAUUAUUUUUUUUUCUACAGAAAUACGACUAAAAGGUUUUUUAUUCGAAAUCACUUUAAAGCCGAUUGAAAUUAGGUUGAAUAAAUGCAAAGGUUUUUAUAAUAAUAAUUUAAGGGUAUUACAGGGUUGUAAGGUUGUAGAUAAUUCUUAGAAAAUUAUUUUUUUUGUCUAAUUUUUCAUUUAUUUUAUACUAUAAGUAAAUUUUGUUGUUCUAGUAAAGAACAAUGGUUUAAUUCUUCAUUAGGAAACAUUUGUACUCAUUAUUUAAUAUAUAUUUUAUCAAAGUUUUAACAAAAAAUGACAUUUUUUCAUUAUAGUUUAGACGUUUUCUCAAAAUUACUGCUUCUAACUCUACAUUAUUUAUUUUUUAUAGUUUCGGUCAAGUUUUUAAUUGGAUAAAUCUAAAAAAAAAACAAUUUUUUGGCCCAAUUUUUCAAUUAUUUCACCCAGAAAACCAGUUUGUUGUUGUAUUGAAGAACUAGAUAUCGUUAAAUAAUUUCUUAUUGAUAUAUUUAACUUCUGGUGUUCGAAAGGAUGUAAGCAUCGAGAACAUCAAGAGAAAUGUACAUUAGUUCACUAAAAUUUUUGAAAAAUUAGUUUAUCUGCACAUUAGGGCACAUUUAUACCAAUUAUUAAGUUCAAAAUAUCAUUUUUAUAAAAAUGACAUUCUAUUUUCAAAUGUUUUAUCAAAAAACACAACUUCUAAUCCCAUAUAGAUUAUUUUCUUAUGUUUCACUAAUUUUUGUUCUAUUAAUAUUUUCAGAAAAUCUUAGAAUUGUAUCAGAACUAAUUGUUAUAAUAUUUUUUAAUAAAUAAGCCAUAAUAAUUCCAUCCUUAUUAAUUGGAAGCUAUUUAAACAUAAAAAAACUUUAUAUUAAGUAGAAAAAUACUUAGAAACAAGCUUAAAAUCAUUCUGUUCUAUUUCUGUAUCCUACUUAACACACUAUUUACUACAACUACACUGUCUAGUCCUUCAAGGAUUCCAUAAACAUCUAGUCCAGUUAAUUAGUGUUAGUGUAGUGUACAGUAUGUCACAGUUCCAUAAAUUCCAACUUCGUAACAUUAAAUUUGUACAGAAAACUUCCAGCAUACUUUUAUAUUUGUAUAUUUAUCCCAUAACAUUGCUAAUGAUACGUUGUAAUUUUUUUUUAUUUAUAAUAAAUGGUAUAUAGUAAAAGUUAUAAU